AUGUCAAAGGAUGAAGCAGGCUGUAAAUUGGCCUCAGUUUACAAGCAUAAGGAGCGGAAGCCCAAGAAGCCCCAUUACAUUCCCAGGCCGUGGGGGAAACCCUAUAACUACAAGUGUUUCCAAUGUCCAUUCACCUGCAUGGAGAAAUCCCACCUGUACAACCACAUGAAGUACAGCCUGUGCAAGAACUCCUUGUCUCUCCUGAUCGAGUCGGACUGGCCCUACAAGAAAGGGAACCUUCUGCAUCCAGAGCUCCGCCUUCUGCACGCCACGGAGGCUUCCCGGGCCCGCGGGAGGCGGGACGAGCCAGAGACCUACGACUCGGUGGCGGUGGCUGCUGGGACCCCCAACCCCAAGCAGUGUCUGGAUAGGGACAGCGGAGGCGAGAAGCCAGCGGGUACAGAAGACUCAGCUUCAGAAAGGAUGAGCGAAGAGACCAGCCAGUUCCAAGAGGAGGAGGAAGAGGAGGAGGAAGAGCUCUCCGAGCUGUUGCAGGAAGUGGAUCCAGGGGAGAAGAAGGAUAAGGCCAAAGAGGCCAGCGCCGGCGGGGAGACUGCCGAGUCCGACAUGAACGCCCUGCUCCUCAGGUUCAAGAACAAGCGGGAGAAGCCCUGCAAAGACCCUGCGCCCGAUUUCAUCAUCACGGACGUCUUCUCCCUAAAGAACCACGUGGUCAAGGGGAAGGAGCCCGCCUCUCUGGAGUUGGAAAGCAAACCAAAGCCUUGCAAAGUGCCCAAGAAAUGUCCAGGGGGAGGCGGGGUCCUCAUGGAACAAUGGAAGCUGGUGGCCAAUGGGCAGAGGAGAGGCGUCAAUGAGGUCCCGGCGCCGUGCCCUGAUGGCAACAUCAUCCCUUGCUAUCCCCCUCCGGCGUACGGAGAGUACCACGAGCCGCAGAGCUUAAACCUCUCCUUGCUGGGAAUCAACUACCCGCUCAGCCCCAACCUCUUCUCUUAUCUCAGCCCUUCGGUGGCCAGCAGCGCCACGCCACAGCCCCACCUGGCCCAGCUGCCCUUCCUGGCUUCCACCGCCCAGCUGAUGCACCCCCAUUCGGCCCACUUCCAGCCCCUGCAGAGCCCCGACCGGUCGGCCUUCCUCCCGCGCUUCUACUACCCCUUGCUCUUUGAGCAUUCCUUCAGCUCGGCCGAAAGCAAAAUGGCGGCCACCAAGCCGGAGAGCCAGCCCCAAGCCGGGUCUGCGGUGCCCGCUCCCCCACAGGCCAAAGCCCCCACAGAGCCACCCAAGGCAGGCCUGCUGAAGGUGCCGGUGAUGAAGGCCGGCCUCCCAUGGGUGAAAGGCUUCCGGGAAGAGCCGCCUCUUGAGCCAACCCACAAGAUGCUGCUACUCCAGGAGGAAGAGGAGAAAUGGGUGGUCCAUGAAAAAGACAGCAGCUCUCUGCUGGGAGUCUCCAGCCUCUGCAGGAAAACAGCACCCAAUGAUGCCUACCGGGGCAUUGUGGGUAUGAAAGAUGGAGGCGCCCUUCUCCCCAACAGCAACCGGAAGGCAGAGCUCCCAAUAGCCACUUGCUUGGAUAGCAGUGGGACCCCAGUCAACAGCCUGAAGAGGAAGCUGGCAGGGAACGGCCUGGAGCUGGUGGGCUCCGAUAUCCUGGCUCCUGGGAAACUGUUAACUCAGGAAGGUAGAGAGAGAGAAGGGAGGGGAAGAAAGACAAAAGGGAAGAGCGAGUGGAGGAGAGAGAAAAAGAAGGGAAGGGAAGAGAGAAAGAAGGAAAGCUUGAGAUCUCCCCCAACUCAGCUCUCCAAGUCCCUGGACCACUGGCACAUGGAGCUCCAUGACGGCCCGGCUGAAGAUCAGGAGAAGACCAGCGGCUCUGACCUUUUACCCCCUGCAAUUACAGCCUCCCAUCAUCAAAUUUUUAAGCCAAGCCAUGAGCGAGCGGCAACCAUCGAUGCCAGAGACCCAGAGGCGACAACGGUGCUCAUUGGGGACCUGUCGAAAACCUUGGAGGAGUACCAGGAGGUGGAGAAGAAGCUCUCAGGCCUGGCCAAAGAGAACACCCCAGCACAGCAACAGUUGAGGGAGCAGCUGGUCAAAAUCCGGCGAGAACUCUUCCAUAUCCACCAGGCCCUGGAGAAGGCAAGCAAGCCCAGCGAGGGGCCUCUGGAUCUCUCAGUAAAGAGGCCCUCCAAAAGCCUGGAGAUAGGCCACCAGGACAAGACAGAGCCCAAGGCUGGUGUCCUGAGUGGGAAACUCCAGGGCAAGGAUCCAGGUUCCAUCACCAGAUGUUCAGUGGCAGGCGAAGCCGGUGAGGAGGACAAGAUGCCAAAUUGCCUCCUGGAGGCUGAGAACAAAACCAUCGACCUGCUGAUCAAAAUGAGCCGCUCGGAGGACCUCCGCGCCUCUUCUGAGGCUCACCUGGGGGCGGUGAUCAAAGCGGAGGUCCUGCCUCUCAGCGUCCCAUUAGAACUCAGACACGUCAUGGACCCUUUCUACAGCCGCACCACAAAAUGCGAGGCAGAUUCCAGCGUCCUCCUGUGCACGGAUGGGAGGUCCAACAUCGGCCAAGGCCCACAGCUCUCUGCCAGCGAAGACAUCCCGUUGGGCUGCAGGCCCAUCCCGCGCUCCCUGUCGUGUGGCCUGCCCAGCGAGAUGGACGGCGUGUGCAUCCACAGUCCCUUAAACACGGAACCGUGAUCCUCCAGCGGCAGCUGCCCAGGGUGCUUUGAGCUUUCCAGGAAGACUCUUCUUCACACACACUUCCUCUAAGCCUCAAAGGAAGGUUCUCUGGUCUGGAAGCCACCCCGUCUACAACGUGGCCUCUUGAACUGCGUGCCGUGGAACCCGGUUGGUGGAUAAAGCGUCACCGAUGUUGUUAAUGGGACCGCACUGAGGGACUCCACCCCUGUAAGGCUUCCUCUGACCUGGGUAUGGUGGAGUCAUGGGGAGGGCAAAACAUUUCCAAAAAAAGACCCUUGUACUAGCAUAUCAGAGGUCCCAACCUCCCUUCAUAUCAUCCUGGCAAAUGACAUUUUCUGAUGCAGAGUCUCUUUUGAAGGUGGUUGAAAGUUUCUUGCCCCCCAGGAACAACCCCCCCCCGCAAAAAAAGUUAAUGAAAUGAACCCAAAGCAUGGCAGACUUUCACAGCAAUUGUGGAUUCGCUGUAGCCCCCACAUGGGCAUUGAGUAGAAAGCUGACCAUACCUUUUAGAGGUCCCCUCCAUUAACCUGAGAAGUGAUCCCUUCCUGUGGUUAAAACCGGAACAGUUGCCAAAGUAUUUCUGCAUUGGUGAACUAUGUGCUGGGGUCCUGAACACCACUGCUCGGAUUCUCAGCCACUUCUGGCUUCUUAGGGGAUCUUUCCUAUAUUGGACUCAUGGAGUUAUUGGUUUCGUACUGGGAAAUGAUGGGGAAAUUUGUUUGCCACCAGAGGAUGGGGCCACCCAUAAUUCAGUGGGAAAGCAUCUGCUUAGCAUGCAGAAGGCCCCAAAUCCAGCCCCUGGCAUCACCAAGUAGGGCUGAGAAAGAUCCCUGCCUGCAGCCUUGGAGAAGGUGCUUGCCAGUCAGACUAGAAAAUACUGAGCUAGAUGGGCCAAUGGUCGGACUCAGUAGAUAGCAGCUUCCCUAUGUCCCUAGCUUUGUUAGAUCUAGAAGCACUACCCUUUCCGUGCGCGAACUCAAAUAGCUCCUCCUUACCAACACUGUCACAUCUGCAUCGCUGGUUUCAUAUCAUUCUCUGUCCCCAGGGCUGGAUCCUGGCAGCAGAAUGCUCUCUGUAAUUCUAUGAGGGCUCCCCAACAUAAUUCUCAGUCCUUUGGUCAACUACAAUUUCCAGGAUUCCCUGAGGGAAGCUAUGACAGUGAAACUGGUAUCAAACCAAUGGAAGCUUAUGGUGCAAGCAUGCCCAAAGAAGUGAAAGAUCAAGUCACAAUAAUCUUGGCCUUCAUCUUUCCAAAGACGGGACAAGUCUCUCUUAAGCUCCAUCUUCUUUCCAUGUGGCCCUAUGAAAUAAGAAGCUGGAUUAUUUCAGCAGGAAAAAGGGGUGUCUGGCCAAACCUGUAGUUCUCAUAAUAAGAGGGGAUGUGUAGAGUGGUUGAUCCACCUCAGGGCUGAACAUCUGCUUGAGUAAGGCAAGCUUCACACAUUGUCAGUACCGUACACGUAGCAAAAUUAUGAGCUUACCAUAAUGCAGGGUUUCU